UCACGUGACUCCCGGCGCACGUAAACAUAAGAGGACGCGGCUGUUUACAAACACAUCGUAACUCUACAUCUGCCUAAGCGUUGGUAAUUCCGUUCGGAAAAAAACCCCCGAGAGGAUGGAAAUUGGAAACGCUCGUCCUUAUUUCUUUGGAGACAUCGGCUGCUGGUCAGAGAGAACAGAGGUGCACAAGGCGGCAUGCCUAGGCCAGACGUCCCAGCUGAAGCAACUCAUCCAAAGCGGAGCUUCAGUCAACAUGGUGGCGGUGGACUCCAUCACACCACUCCACGAGGCCUGCCUCCGUGGACAGACCCAGUGUGUCCGGCUGCUGCUGGAUGCUGGAGCCCAGGUGGAUGCGAGGAACGUAGACGGGAGCACCCCGCUGUGUGAUGCCAGCUCAGCUGGUAGUUUGGACUGUGUUCGACUCUUGUUGGAUCGUGGCGCCAAGGCAAACCCCGCCCUCACCUCCCGCACGGCCUCGCCCCUCCACGAGGCCUGCACGGGAGGAAACUCAGACUGUGUGAAGCUCCUGAUAGCUAUGGGUGCCAGUCUGGAGGCGUACGACAUUUACUAUGGGACCCCGCUGCAUGUGGCCUGUGCUAACGAACACAUAGACUGUGUUAAAGUGCUGCUCAAUGCAGGUGCUAAAGUGAAUGCUGCCAGACUACACGAGACCCCGCUGCAUCACGCUGCUAAAAAAAUGCGAGUUGAGAUGGUAGAGAUACUGGUGGAGUUCGGGGCCAACAUCUAUGCCAGAGAUCUGCAGGACAAGAGACCUGUCGACUACACUACACCAGGCUCUCCCAGUGCAACCUGCCUACGCUCUUAUGAGACCACCCCAAUGAGUCUACAGCAGCUCUGCAGGCUGGCGGUGAGGAGGGAGCUGGGCACCAGAGCUCUGAAGGUCGUAGGUCAACUGGAGGUACCAAAACUCAUCAUCAGCUACCUCUGCUAUCAGUGACCAGGAGGAGGGGCUGCAUCCAUGUUCAAAGGAAGCUUGAAACCUCAAAGAACUGCUGCACGAUACUGAGAAUAACACAGCAGGGUCAUAGUAUGAUCAUAGUAGAUACACAGUUUAGUGAUAAGCACAAUGCUUCUUUUCAAAUCUGCACUUUAAUUUCAUGGCAUGCAAGUAUAAAGUUCCAAAGUGGGGCCGAGACAGAGAGGAUAUGAAGUCCUGUAUUUGCCUCAAGUUAAAUGAAUUCAUUGUGUUGACAUAAUUGGAACUAGGUUAAAAAAUGCCUUUUUCUAAAUACAUUUUUUGGUGUCAGUGGAAGAUAAUUCCAUAAUAAGCUGUCAGCAUGUUGUGAUUUAAGUGGUCUGAGAGAAAACUACUUCUUGAAAAAUCAAAGCCAUGAUGGGAGACUUUGGCCAAAGGCCUUCCUAUUGGCUGCACAUCUGAGUGCACGUCCCAUUAUGGUGAUUCAGUGGCGGAAAAUGCUGCAGAAAGUGUCUAUUCAAGCAUUGGCAACAACUGCUGACACAGCAAAGAAAUCCAUAAAAGGAAAAAAUACUUUUAAAACCUGACAGAGACCUCAUAGUGUACCUGCGUGUACACUAAAAAGUCACCCAUUCCACCACACAACAACGGUCCUCGUCCAUAUCAGAAACCAACUUCACUUGGCACUAUUUUGUGUCUUGAAUAAGCCAGUAAAUACAGUGACAUUGCGUAGUAAAAUUACAGUUUUGUGACUCUGCCAGCUUGCUGGAACUAUCUAUUCUACUGUCAGAACCGUCCAGAACUCCCACACCGGAGCUCAGAAAGUAGGCUAAUAGCUUUGCAUCCGUGACACUACUGGCAAGUUUUUCAUACAACUUAAUGUCCAAAAUCCCGAACUGUCCUUUUAACCUGCUGACUGGCAAUGAUAACACUAACAUAGAGUCCAAAGUGUCUCCUCAACAGCAGUUCUUCACUAGCUGCUGUUGAUAAACACGAGCAUGUUUUAUGAAGGUGAUUUCUGUAACUUAACAUUAGAUAGUGUGUAUAAAUUACAGCUAUAAAAGUCUUAAAUAAAAUUAUGUUUUCAGUUUAUUAAACAGAAGCGUAACUUGCACUACAAGAGAAGAGUGUGCUCCUAAAAGUAGAGAUCAUUUACCAAGUAUCAGAGCUCAGGGAAAGGAAGAAGACUAAUGGCAUCAUUUUUGGCAACAGAGGCAACAUCAGUAGUUUAUUGCUCGACUAAAGGUUGUGGGAUUGAAUCCUGGGCUUGUCAGAAAAAUACAUUGUGUCACUAACCUCUACUGUAAAUGUUGAGUAUCAGAUAAAAUGUGAAAUAACUGAGACACUGCUCAGUCAACACCCCCCGGAUAGCAAAAGGGUGUUUCUUUUAAAAAUGUACCAUCCAGAGGAAUAGCGAGCAGUGUUUCUGUGACAGCAGCACUCAGAGUGACACUCUCCAGAUGCUCAGAUUCCUGUGAUUCACACCCCGCGCCUAGCGACAGCCUUUGUUUCAUAGAGUUUUUAAGGAGACGCUGAUCCUGGCUGUCUAUUUAUAGCUCUGUGUCUGAUGCUCCACUAAGUCUGCUUCCAGAGUGCUCAGCGGGGUCUUAGUAUUUUUAGAAGGAGGUGCAGGAAGUUGUUUAUGAAGUCCAUGAAGUGCUCUAGGUUGCUUUAUUUGCUCUCUUCAAAGUUGACGUGUCCUGUUUUGAAAGUUUUGGAUGUAUCCAUGGAGGUUGAGUCAGGCCAAACACCUGCUUUAUGAUAUUUGUUGAACAUAAUUUACUCUUUCACACCAGAACACUGAGUGAGUCAGAGUCAUGGAGCAGCAUAGAAGUCAUGUAUGUUUAAGUCCAGGCGUUUUUCUGACUGAUGGUUAACUUAACUUUAGCUGCUGCUGCUGCCAUAAAAAUGUUUUUUACAGUAACACACACAUUCCAUAUUUAACAGUAAAACUUUAGUAUUUCAGUAUAUUU